AUGGCCGGCGAUUCCUUCGAGCCGGUGGUUGUGAUCGACGGCAAGGGACACCUCCUCGGUAGACUCGCCAGCAUCGUUGCGAAGCAGUUGCUCAACGGCCAGAAGAUCGUCGUUGUGCGCUGCGAGGCUCUCAACAUCUCCGGCGAGUUCUUCAGGGCGAAACUCAAGUACCAGGCCUUCAUGCGCAAGCAGACCCGUUACAAUGCCUGGCGCGGCGGUCCAUGGCACUACCGCUCCCCCUCCAAGAUGUUCUGGCGCACCGUCCGCGGCAUGAUCCCCCACAAGACUCCUCGCGGCGCCGCAGCUAUGGAGCGCCUCAAGACAUUCGAGGGUGUGCCACCGCCAUACGAUCACAAGAAGAGGAUGGUGGUGCCGCAGGCGCUGAGGGUGUUGCGGUUGAAGCCGGGCAGGAAGUACUGCACGGUGGGCAGGCUGGGACACGAGUUCGGCUGGAAGUACCGGGAUGUGGUUGCUAGGCUCGAGGAGAGGAGAAAGGUCAAGGGCCAGGCGUACUACGAGCGCAAGAAGGCGAUGCGCAAGAUGCUCGCCGACUCGAAGAAGAGUGCGAACAUCGACGACAAGACCAAGCAGCAGCUGGAGCAGUACGGUUACUAG